CUGUCAGGUGACAGGAAACAUCACUGUUGUGUGCGCGGCACCAUUUCCACGUCAGUAGUUUGCCAGUGGAGGAGAUUACCCAGCGGUGACAGAAUAUUUAUCUACCCUACAGCAAAACAACAGGGCAUGACAACACCACGUGGAACUGUCUAAAAUAUUCACUAUGGUGGACAAGAAUAUAUAUAUCGUUCAAGGGGAGAUUUCUGUUGUUGUUGCUGCUAUCAAGAGGAACUCUAGAUGGAGUACCCACACUCCUUUGGAUGAAGAACAGGACCCACUACUAAAUGGCUUCAGCAGCUUGAAAGAAGAACUCAAUAAGAUAAAAGAUCUUUCUGAAGUAGUGCCCAAUGAGUUCCUUAAACCUUUUCUUGAGGUGGUCCGCUCAGAGGACACAACUGGACCAAUCACAGGCCUGGCACUCACCUCUGUCAACAAGUUCUUGUCCUAUGGCCUUAUAGAUGCCAAUCAUGAAGGGGCAGCAGAGGGCAUCGAGAACAUGGCUGAUGCGGUCACACAUGCAAGAUUCGUGGGUACUGACCCUGCGAGUGAUGAGGUGGUGCUGAUGAAAAUCCUUCAGGUUUUAAGGACUUUGCUGCUGACUCCAGUAGGAGCCCAUCUGACCAACGAGUCUGUUUGUGAAAUCAUGCAGUCCUGUUUCCGUAUAUGCUUUGAAAUGAGAUUAAGCGAGCUGCUGAGAAAGUCAGCUGAACAUACACUGGUCGACAUGGUGCAGCUGCUCUUCUCCAGAUUACCACAGUUCAAAGAGGAGGCCAAGAGUUAUGUGGGCACUAACAUGAAGAAGCUAAAGAUGAGAGCCGGUGGAAUGAACGAGUCAUCCAAGUGGAAGAAACAGAAACGUUCACCCCGCCCCCCUCGUCACAUGGUACGCAGUCCCUCGGGGCACUUGGAUUCAGCCCAGUCCAGUACCCUCACCAACAACAUUUCAGGUGGAGUUCCAUUCAUUGAGCAGCAGAGUGGAGGUUCUACUGCGUUUCCUGGUUCAGACAGUGCAGCUUCCUCCAUCUCCAGCCCCACCACUGAUAGUGGCCUGGACACUGGCUCUAAAACCACAUCUAAGGAAGAUCUCACAGACCUGGAGCAGUGUAGCUCAUUGGCCACCACUCCCAUUACACCUUCAGCUGAGCCAGGCAGACUAGAAUCACAGUCUGAGGGAAGGGAAGUGGAGCGUUCCCAGUCAGCCUCAGUGGAGUCCAUUCCUGAAGUCCUGGAAGAGCAAGACUUGUUGGCUGAGCAGUCUGAUUUGGCAUCGGUCCACGACAUGGACUACGUCAACCCCAGAGGAGUGCGCUUCAUGCAGUCCACCCAAAAAGAUGGUGCUGCUCUAAUCCCGUACGGUCUUCCAUGCUUGAAAGAGCUCUUCCGGUUCCUCAUCUCCCUCACCAACCCACAUGACCGCCAUAACUCAGAUGUGAUGAUGCACAUGGGUCUGCAGCUGUUGAACGUGGCCCUAGAAGCCGCACACAUCGCCCCCUACCAGUCACUGCUUUGCCUGGUCAAAGACGAGCUAUGUAGGCACCUAAUACAGUUGUUAAGCGUGGACAGAAUGAAUCUGUACGCCGCCUCCAUACGUGUUUGCUUUCUUCUCUUUGAAAGCAUGCGAGAACAUCUCAAGUUUCAGCUGGAGAUGUACCUGAAGAAGCUGAUGGACAUCAUUACCUCAGAAAACCCUAAAAUGCCCUAUGAGAUGAAGGAAAUGGCCUUGGAGGCCAUCGUACAGAUCUGGAGAAUCCCCAGCUUUGUCACCGAGCUUUACAUAAAUUAUGAUUGUGAUUUCUACUGCUCCAACCUGUUUGAGGACCUCACCAAACUGCUCUCCAAGAAUGCCUUUCCAGUGUCUGGGCAGCUCUAUACAACCCAUCUUUUGUCACUUGAAGCUCUGUUGACUGUGAUUGACAGCACAGAGGCUCACUGUCAGGCCAAAGUUCUCAACAGCGCAGCACAGCAGGAUCAAUUAGAAUCAACAACUGCUGAAGGAGAAAGUUUGAGCAACACCAUUACAGAUUCAACCACAGAGGCUGGCAAAUCUGUCCCCAGUUUUAAUGGGCAGAAUGCUGUUGUGUCUGAGGCGUGGGCUGCCUGUCCUCCAACCAGUGGGUAUUUGAUGGCAGAGGAAAUGAGAUUAGGCAGACAGGACCAGGAGGACACAGACUCAGCAGAAAAGAAAAGCCCUAAGAAGCCACAGCGUUUCACCAGCUGUCUUCCGGACUCUCAAGAACUUCUGGAGAUCAAGAACAAGAAAAAGCUUCUGAUCACAGGUACAGAGCAGUUCAAUCAGAAGCCGAAAAAGGGCAUUCAGUUCCUGCAGGAGAAAGGCCUGCUCAGCAUCCCCAUGGACAAUAAUGAGGUGGCUCAAUGGCUGAGGGAGAACCCCCGUUUGGACAAGAAAAUGAUCGGAGAGUUUAUAAGCGAUCGCAAGAACACCGACCUACUGGACAGUUUUGUCAACACGUUCACCUUCCAGGGCCUGCGCAUAGACGAGGCGCUCCGUUUGUAUCUGGAGGCAUUCCGUCUUCCUGGCGAAGCACCUGUCAUUCAUCGCCUCUUGGAAACCUUCACUGACAACUGGCAUAAAGUGAACGGUAAUCCCUUCCUGACAAACGAUGCUGGCUUUGCCCUGGCUUAUGCGGUAAUCAUGCUGAACACCGAUCAGCACAACCAUAACGUUCGAAAGCAGAACAUCCCCAUGACAUUGGAGCAAUUCAAGAAGAAUCUGAAAGGAGUGAAUGGAGGGAAUGACUUUGAUCAAGACAUGCUGGAAGAUAUCUAUAAUGCCAUCAAGAAUGAAGAGAUUGUGAUGCCCGAUGAGCAGACGGGGCUGGUGAAAGAGAACUAUGUGUGGAGCGUUCUCCUGCACAGGGGGGCCACAUCUGAGGGGAUAUUCGUCCAUGUGCCCGGCAGCAGUUAUGAUCGUGAUCUUUUCACCAUGACCUGGGGACCCACCAUCGCCGCCCUCUCCUACGUUUUUGACAAGAGCUUGGAUGAUGUCAUCAUUAAGAAGGCCAUCGCUGGGUUCAGUAAAUGUGCCAAGAUCUCUGCACACUAUGGCUUCAGUGAUGUUUUUGACAACUUGAUCAUUUCACUCUGCAAGUUUACUACACUCAGCUCUGAGUCUGUAGAGAACCUGCCCACCGUAUUUGGCAGUAACAGGAAGGCUCAAGCCGCUGCCGACACUGUUUUCAGCCUGGCCCAUCGUCACGGCGACAUCUUGCGAGAGGGAUGGAAGAACAUUAUGGACUCCAUGUUGCAGCUGUUCAGAGCUGAGCUUUUACCCCCAUCCAUGGUUGAGGUUGAGGACUUUUUGGACCCGAAUGAGAAGAUUUCUUUACAGCGUCAAGAGACACCGUCAAACAGGGGGGAGUCAACAAUGUUGAGUUUAAUGAACUGGUUAACAUUGAGUGAGCAGUCUGGGCACAGAGGCCCCUCCACUGAGAACCAGGAGGCCAAACAAGCGGCCCAGCUCUGCAUUAAGCAAUGUGACCCAGAGAAGCUGAUCACAGAAAGCAAGUUUCUGCAGCUGGAGUCUUUACAGGAGCUCAUGAAGGCUCUCAUCUCGGUGACCCCUGAUGAGGAAACAAUGUAUGAUGAAGAAGAUGCUGCUUUUUGUCUGGAGAUGCUGCUACGUAUUAUUCUUGAAAACAGGGACAGAGUAUCAUGUGUAUGGCAAACAGUACGGGAUCACCUGUAUCAGUUAUGUGUGCAUGCUACUGAGAGCUGCUUCCUGGUGGAGAGAGCCGUGGUAGGAUUGCUCAGACUUGCUAUACGUUUACUGCGCAGAGAGGACAUUGGCUCACAGGUUCUCCUCUCUCUUCGUUUGUUGUUGAUGAUGAAACCUCACGUUCUGUCCAGAGUCAGCAGAGAGGUGGCCUUCGGCUUGCACGAGCUGCUUAAAACCAACGCUGCCAACAUUCACUGUACUGAUGACUGGUACACGCUCUUUUCCCUUCUGGAGUGCAUUGGGGCCGGGGUCAAGCCUCCAGCUGCCCUGCAGGUUGCCAAUACCAACCCUGACAAUGACACAGGUGCUCAGUCAGAUAGUGAACUGAGUUCAUAUCAUCAGAGUGAAGUUAGUCUUAACCGGGGCUACACGUCCGACUCUGAGGUUUAUACAGAGCAUGGGAAAUCUAGAAUGCCCCGUUCAGCUACUGAUGUCGAUGUGGGCUGGCUAGUGGUGGGUAAAGAUGACCUUGAUGUUACUAAGGCAGCAGUGGCACCAGCUUCAAAGCCCCUGACCCAUCCUCUCAUUAACCAGUACAGUCUGACUGUGGGGCAGGACAUGGGGCUGCAUGACACCAAGUCCCUCAUCAAGUGUGUGGAUUCGCUUUCCUUCAUCGUACGCGAUGCCGCCCACGUCACUCCAGAAAACUUUGAGCUUUGUGUUAAAGCCAUACGAGUGUUUGUGGAGGCUAGCCUUAAUGGAGGAUACCGCACCCACGAGAAGAAAAAGAGUCACAAAUAUGACUCCAAAUCCAGCCGGCUCCGAAAGAAGCCACGAGAGAAGGAAAGCGCAUCACGGCGAACCAAAGCGUCCAGUCAGCGGCCCGCCCGUUCCCAUAGUGACGAUGAGGAAGAUGAGGGCGUGCCGGCCAGUUACCACACGGUGUCUUUUCAGGUUAGUCUGGACUUGUUAGACCUGAUGCAUACACUGCACACACGAGCAGCCGGCAUCUACAGCUCUUGGGCAGAGGAACAGCGCCAUCUAGAGUGUGGUGGCAGAAAGAUCGAGGCUGACUCUCAAACAUUGUGGUCCAGCUGCUGGUGUCCUCUGCUUCAAGGUAUGGCUUGGUUGUGCUGUGAUGCUCGGAGACAAGUCCGCAUGCAAGCUCUCACCUACCUACAGAGGGCACUACUUGUACAUGAUCUACAAACUCUGGAUGCGGUAGAGUGGGAGUCCUGCUUCAACAAGGUCCUGUUUCCUCUGCUGACUAAGCUGUUAGACAGCAUCAGUCCAGCUGAUGUGGGCGGCAUGGAGGAGACCAGGAUGAGGGCCUGCACACUGCUUUCUAAGGUGUUCCUGCAGCAUCUCUCUCCAUUGCUCUCUCUGCCCACGUUUGCUGCUCUCUGGCUCACCAUUCUAGACUUCAUGGAUAAGUACAUGCAUGCUGGCUCCAGCGACCUGCUGCUGGAGGCAAUCCCUGAGUCUCUGAAAAACAUGCUGUUAGUGAUGGACACAGCAGGGAUCUUUCACUGUGCAGACUCUCGCACAGGCUACUCAGACUUGUGGGAAAUCACCUGGGAGAGAAUUGACUGUUUCCUGCCCCGUCUCAAAGAGGAGCUCUUCAAACAAUCUGUCAUGCCAGAACCUAUCUGUAAUGUUCCUGUGGAGCCUGUCCCACUCCCUAUCGCUGUUACCCCAGCCUCUCCUCCUGUGCCAGCCCCCUCACCAGUGCCAGCAGCCCCUGCAGAGCCAAACAUCUCCAGCAGACCUGCAUCACCUCAGGACAUGCCCACACCUAGUGCCAACGGUGAUCAGUAUUUGAGUGGUGCAGUGUGACGAGGAGGAGGGCGUGGCCGGGCCGUGUUGGAGCACGGCCGGCGCUGAAUCAGCUGAUCGGCGGGAGAGCGAGAUAAAGGGCAGCCGGAGACACCGGUUCGAGAGAGAGAGAGAGACGCACGUGGCCGCAUUGCAUAUGUGUCUGUGUUUGUUUAUGUUUGUUUUAAGUUGAGUUUCUCAUUAAAACUUUUAGUGUUCAGCUGGUUUCCACCUCCUUCUUGCCCAUCCUGGAGUAAAUUCUAGAGACUGUUGUGUGUGAAAAUCCCAGGAGAUCAGCAGUUACAGAAAUACUCAAACCAGCCCGUCUGGGGGCCUGGGUAGCACAGUGGUAAAAGACGCUGGCUACCACCCCUGGAGUUCACUAGUUUGAAUUCCAGGGUGUGCUGAGUGACUCCAGCCAGGUCUCCUAAGCAUCCAAAAUUGGCCCAGUUGCUAGGGAGGGUAGAGUCACAUGGGGUAACCUCCUCGUGGUCGCAAUAACGUGGUUCGUUCUCAGUAGGGCGCGUGGUGAGUUGAUCGUGGAUGCCGCGGUGGAUGGCGUGAAGCCUCCACACGCGCUAUGUGUCUGUGGCAACACGCUCAACAAGCCACAUGAUAAGAUGCGCGGGUUAACGGUCUUAGACGUGGAGGCAACUGGGAUUCGUCCUCCGCCACCCGGAUUGAGGCAAAUCACUGCGCGACCAUGAGGACUUAAAAGCGCAUUGGGAAUUGGGCAUUCCAAAUUGGUUGGGAAAAAAAAAGCAGCCUGUCUGGCACCCAUGCUGUAACAGUUUGGGAAAGGAGGAUGAGGGAACCUGAGCAACACACAACAAAACUCCAAUCAAACAGAACAUCAAACUGAAAACAGCAAUAUAAACACACACACAGAGCGGCCGUGUGUGUCUCUCUCUCCCACUCUCUGGCAUCCCCGGCUCUUCCCUUUUCUCCUUUCUAUCCUCAUGGCCCCGCCAUGCCCUCCUCCUCGUCACACAUGCGAUUAUCUAAUCAGCCAAUCGUGUGGCUGCAGUGCAUAAAAUCAGGCAGAUACGGGUCAGGAGCUUCAGUUAAUGUUCACAUCAACCAUCAAAAUGGGGAAAAAUGUGAUCUCAGUGAUUUGGACUGUGGCAUGAUUGUUGGUGUCAGACGGGCUGGUUUGAGUAUUUCUGUAACUGUUGAUCUCCUGGGAUUUUCACGCACAACAGUCUCUAGAAUUUACUCCGAAUGGUGCCAAAAACAAAAAACAUCCAGUGAGAGGCAGUUCUGUGGAAGGAAAUGUCUUGUUGAUGAGAGGUCAGCAGAGAAUGGCCAGACUGGUUCAAACUGACAAAGUCUACGUUAACUCAGAUAACCGCUCUGUACAAUUGUGGUGAGACAAAUAUAAUCUCAGAAGGCUAUUCUGAGAUGCGGGUUGGCGCUGUUUUGGCAGCACGAGGGGGACCUACACAAUAUUAGGCAGGUGGUUUUAAUGUUGUGGUUGAUCGGUUUGUAGCAAUUGACCCUUCGCUAAGCCCUGCCUUAAAAGCGUUUCUGACCAAUCCUGUUUUAGCAACUGUUACCAGGAUGUCAUCACUCUGACACACGUUUGCUAUUUUCCAAUGAGAGUCUAUGGGAGUAAUGUAUGUUCGAUCAGUUUUAAGCAGGAUUUUAUCAAAAUGAUUUAAAAAAAUGUAAAACACAAUGUUGCCAGGUCACUUGUAAUAGUGACAUGAGGUACCCAGAGAGGAUACAUGCAGUGUUCUAUUCUGAUUCACGGUCUCCACAGUUUUCAAUCAAAUUACUGUGUAAUUUAUCAAUUACUUGAAAAAAAUUUUUUUUAGAUAAUUAUGCCUUACAAUAUCACUCUUCAUUCCAGCCCACUUAAGAAUAUUAUCGAUUCUGUUUAUGAGAAUAUUUUGCCAGAAAUCACUCUGUUGACGGCAAUCUCCCAUUCAUUCCAAUGGGAAGUUCUGCAGAGCUUUUCAGAGAGAGCGACCAUAACCAAGGAGGGUGGAACUUAGUGAAGGGUCAGUUGAACUGCAUAGUUCAGUGGGCCCUUUUGUUAACUGGGACCCACUUUAUAUUUGGUGUCUUUAUCUACUUUGUACUUAAGCAUUUGAUACAAUGUACUUAUUAUGUACAUAAGUGUUGUUGAAUUGUACUGACAUUUAAAGUACCUGCAUUUAAUUACAUCUGUAGUUACACUGUUAACCCUAAACCUAACCCUUACCCCUAACCCUAAUCUAACCUACGCGCCUCAACCUCAGUAGUAGCAAAUGUGAAUCUUGUUAGAAUUUUGCAGAACAACAUGUAGUUACACAAUAAAUACAUUGUAUAUGUAAUUAUUACAUAGUAGUUAAAGACACCUAAUAUAAAAUGGGACCGUUAUUUUUUUAAAUUUACAUUUUUAUAAUGUACCAAGUUAGAAGUUUCCCAUAUAAUUCACAGCAUUAGCUAAGAGAGAAUUCAAAUGAAUCACAAUUUAAUCAAAUUGUAUAAUAAUCAGAAUGAAAUUAAGAGCUUGUGAAUUGGAAUCAAAUCAAAUCAGAAAUUUUUAUGGAUACUUUUCCUUGCACCAUUACGUCUUGUGCACAAAGCGCUCUAACCUUUCAAGGUAUACUACCUGUACGGAUGCGUUCAACGCAUGCACACUUUGACUGUUUUGAGGUACUCUUUAGUACAGUCAAUGCCAGGCACGUGUGCAGAUAACGCGCAAAGACUCUCCUCCACUCACAUACCCUUGCAUUUUUGUAUUCGAAUGACACGUCUUUUUCUGCUUCAUUUCCUCUUUACAGAAACAGAUAGAUCGUCUCCAGUUCCUCCCUCAACAUCUCCAAUACCCACUCCAGCAAAGAAGAGUCCUACAGAGUCUCCACCCCCUCUCAGCCAGUCUCCACUCAUACUGCAGCCCCUUGCCUCGCCACUGCAAGUGGGUGUG